AAUGGAGAUGACGACGAAGAUAUACAAAUAUCGGACAUAAUUGACUGACGCCAGGACAAUCCCUUGAAUACCACCGAUUGUAAGGAGGGAAAUCCAACCGCUGUGUUAAAUGAAAUCAAUGAGAAAAAAAGUUGACAUUUAGGAAUGUGGAAAAUUGUAGUAUUAAUUCAAAUAUGAGCGCAAUAUCGGAGUAAAUUUAUAGUACAACCAAACCAUGAGUCAGGCUGGAGGGUCUAAGGGUGGGCUGAACGAUGCUUUGGAAAGAACAGCAAGAUCCAAUUCAGGUCUCAAUGAAAGCAAUCUCAGAAAAUCAGGCAAAGAGAGAAAUAAGGAGAUCGUCGACAUCGAGCCGUUGGUAUAUUCUUUCCGUGUUCCAAGCAAUCCUUUGCCAGGUUCUGUGAUGAAUGCUCUUUUACCUCCAUGUUGGUUGUACCACGAUCAUGCAUUUGGUGUUAUUUGGAUGCUGUUCCACCAAAAAAAACAAUACUUGGGUAUAGCACAGCUUCACUGGUGCCUGAGAUUUUUAUUAGACUUGAAGAAUUCGGAAGGUGAAUAUACCGGCGAUGUUAAUAUUUGCAUACAAGCGGUUCAAGAUGAUCUGAUAGAACAGUAUGCCAAAUUAGGAACAGCUUUAGAAAAUCAAGAGUCAGAUGCCUCGAAGAGUAAAAAGGAAAGUAGCCAACCCACAACUAAUGAUGAAAUCAGCGUAGGUUCAAGUAAAAAGGAAAAGGAAGGGAAUGAAGCUUCAUCAACUCCGCUCCAUACACGCCAAAGUAAAUUGAGCGAGUUGAGUGCUUGUUCAUCCAUCAAUGAAAGUACCUAUAAUGACGCGCAGAGUCUCACUUACAACCAAAUGAUUUCUCGAGGACCGGCACCAUACACUGAACAGACGCCUGUAGAACAGAUCUAUAGAGCCGAAGCACCCGUGAACAUGCCUACAUCUACGCCGGACAUUGCAGCCAUAUUGACAUCCGAUACUUCGCCACCAGAUAUUCCAUUGACUGAAAUGGGUACAGAGGAACUAGUGAGUUUUCUGAACUGCUCCAGAGUGGAACAUGUGAAAAACAUAAAAAAAGAAAUAGAGCAACUACAUGAAUUGGAGAAAAUCAUGGAGGGAGUUGACAAAGAGGGAUUUGCAGCGUAUGUUACAGACGACUUCGCUAGACGCCUUGACAAGCUAGAUGGGCCAGAACUCGUAAGGGAGGCUGAAACUAUUUUGAAAUGAGGAAAAUCGUCGGCGAAAACGACAACAACCUAUCUUUGUGCAGUGGAAUCAGCGUCUGCAAAAUUUUUCAUCCGUAAAUCAAAGUCACGAUUCAUCACCCAUCAGACUGUGUCAAGAUCCUCCAGAAUUUAACUCAGUUUUAAUAAAGAAUAUACAACAUGUGACUGGUAUUAUACCUUUUCAAAGUGAGAUCUGUGCACGUUGUUCAUCGAUUUCCCUGCCACAAUAUCUUCAGUCAACGCUUGUAUCACCGGCCCAAAUCUUUGCACCGGCCAACGAAAAUUGCGCCAAAUCUGAAAACAGGGUCAGUUUUCCAUAAUGUCCGGUAGAGUACCGUUGUGUUCCCGUUCCGAUUCGUAAUGUGCUGUUUAUGUUUAUCAGCUGAUCAAAUAUGUCUGUAAAAAAAAUGGUGGACGAUGUUAUGACUUAUGAGUGACAUGUUAUCAAGGAUAUUAUGUUGAGCUCAAAGCGCAUCUAAGAUGUUGAGCACUAACGGG